UCCGCCUUCGAACCCGCCCCAUAGAUUACAGCUUAUCUCCGGCACUGCUCUGUCGACAGAAAUAUAGACAAUAUUUCUAUCUUGUCUAAACAUUCGACUAAACGCUUUCGUUCUAUGUACUUCACACGCUGCUGGACUGAGUCGCGACUUCCAUAAAAUCCAUUCAAGCUAUCAAAAAUGGAAGCAUUAACUUCCGUAAUCAACUCCUACAAGGCUGCCUCUCAGAGCAUCACCUGGGAAAUGCUUCCACAAUUCAUAACUAUUUUCCUUCUUUCGUGGGUUGUGUAUUCACACUUUUUGAAGAUAUAUUUUUCUCCACUAAAAUAUAUGCCAAGAGUGACAUACGUUCCAAUAUUUGGUUCGUUAAUAGACAUUAUUCGACAGGAAUCUGGAUAUUAUUACGAAUCAUGGAUGAAAAGAUUGAAUGCCUCUGUAUUCCGAGUAUUUUGGGCCUAUGGAUACGAAAGGGUGUGUGUUGCAGACGCUGAUGUUGCGAAGGCUAUUCUCGUGACUAAAACCAAAAGUUUUAGAAAAGCACCCGAAGGCUAUCGUUUCAUUAAAAAACUGCUGGGAGACGGAUUGGUCACAACUGAAGGCAAACUUCAUCGAAGAAACCGCAAACUUUGUAACGGAUCGUUCAGGAAAAAUAUUUUGAAAAAUAUGAUCCCGACAUUUGAAUCACACACAGUCAAAAUGAUGAACAAAUGGGAAAAACUUAUGGAAACUAGUCGCGAUGGUUACACUGAGAUACCAAUCAAUUUACAGGUGACUAACUUAACGUUUGAUGUUAUUGGUAAGUGUGCGUUCGAUUAUGAUUUUAAAUGCAUCGAAAACAACAGCAAUGAAACCACAGACCUUUUCACAAAAGUUUCACAAAAGCUUGGGAUAAGCUGGCAACGUGUUCUACCAGACUUCUUGCCGUUUUUACAUGUUUUCAAAACGAAAUCAAUGAAGGAAUACGAGAAAUAUAUUUCGAAUUUAGACAAGAUUGUUUAUAGUAUUAUUGACGAAAAAAGAAAGACCAUGGAUCUUUCGAACGAGGAUGAUUCAAACGUCAACACUCUUCUCGAAUCUUUAUUGUAUGCCAAAGACGAGGACACCGGUGAAAGAAUGAGCGACAAAGAAAUCCGUGAUCACGCGGUUACGUUCAUGUUAGCUGGGCAUGAGACUACAGCCGUUUCGAUAACUUGGGUUCUGUUACAACUUGCUCGUUAUCCUCACAUCCAAGAUAAAGUCAGAGAAGAGAUACGUUCGGUUCUGCCGAAAGAUGGAAGGAAUAUCACAGACGACCAUUUGGAACAAUUAUCGUAUCUUCGAUGUGUCAUAGACGAGACUAUGCGUCUUUAUCCGGCUGUUUUGAUGGUCAGCAGAGAAGCUGUUGAAGAUUGCAGAAUAGGGGAUUACACGUUUCCCAAAGGAACAUUCCUUUUUGUGAACAUAACCUCUUUGCAAAAGAAUCCCAAAUACUGGGAAAAUCCAAUGGAAUUUCGCCCGGAGCGAUUUAGCGAUCCUUCGAAAGUUUACCCUUAUUCUUUCAUACCUUUCAUUGCUGGGGGCAGAAUGUGCAUCGGUUAUAAGUUUGCUAUUAUGGAGAUGAAAACGGCCCUAGCUUUACUUAUCAACGAGUUUGAAUACAAACUCAUGCCUGGCGUCAGUUACAAACGACGAGCAACCAUAACCAGUCGACCGGAACCGAAUUUAAUUUUGAACGUGCGGAAGUUGAACUGAGAAAAUGGAAGAAUAAGACAAGUUUCUUGGUGAAUAUAGUUAAAUGAUAGAUGGAACGUGCGAAGCUGUUUUGAAUAUCAAACGAUAGAUUUAAUAACUUUAUAUAUAUCCCCACCAACCUAAUAAUAAUAAUAAUAAUAAUAAUAAUAAUAAUAAUAAUAAUAAUAAUAAUAAUAAUAAUAUAAAGGACUGAGGUAACUCCUCCAGAAGAUAUAGAGACAA